CGAGCAGUGACGGAGGGAAUGCUUCACAUGUGUUUGAAACUCUGCAGAAACAGCGUUUGGGAAUAUGUAACCUUUUGAACGUUUGGAUUAUGGCUCAGACGUCGGGGGUAAAAACUCCUCUGAGGAGAUCCUUCAGCGAGCACGUGAAAGAGUCCACCAACAAGGCGUGGGACGCGUUCUGGAGGAGCGUGAGGGAGAGGCGGCUGAGGGAGAUUGAAGCCAAGGAGGCCUGUGAUUGGCUGCGAGCGGCCGGCUUCCCUCAGUAUGUGCAAUUAUUCAAAGACUGCAGGUUCCCCAUCGACCUCGAGUGGGCGAAGCGUGAUCACCACUUCCUGGAUAAAGACGCCCUCGAUUCACUCUGCAGGAGAUUAAGCACUUUAAACAAAAGCGUGGAAAUGAGGCUGGAGCUGCGGAGAUCAAAACGCCGGGUUGACGUCUGUGAUGAUGAAGACUUCUGUGCCAUCAGUCCAAACUGGACGUACGACAGGCGGACACGACGAUGGCGUCGCCUUGAUUUCUCGGUGGACGUCCUUCGUUUAUCCGACAGCCCCUCUGGACCCCAGGACGCGUCUCUGUGUGAUGUCAGCGACCGCCAUGAUGUCUGCUCCAUCCACAGCUCCAGCAGCACAGAGAGCGAGGGCCACAACGGACGCCAUGACGCUAACGCUUACUCGACCGCCACCACCAGCACGACGGACGACCAGGAGACCAGCAGGAGCUCCUCCCGCUGCUCCUCCAGGAACAAGACCCCGUCCCUGGACACGUCCUUCAGUGGACCCCCCUCUCCUGGAGGAUCAUCUGCUGAAGGUUGUUUCCCUGACAAACCGCCCAGGAAGAAGGGCUCCACUUUACUGAAGAAGAUGGAGAAGCUGAGGCUGAGAGGGAGGAGCGGCCUCCUCCACGCCGCUCACAACAGCGCGAGUAACAGAGGAAGUCAGGACCCGCAUUUUAUCAGCCGACCGAGACUAAACCAGGAUGAGGAGAGGCUGCACUGCCCGUCAAGUCUGCAGGGUCACCCCAGCAGCCGGGCAUCUUCCACGCCCUCGUCUCCUCACACCCUCAGCAGCAGCAGCAGUAACAGCCAAUCAGAGAGCAGCAGCACCGUCAGCACUCCAAGCCCGGUCACCCGGGUCAGGAGUAACUGUAAACGCUCCAACAGCGGUGCAGGGGAUCCGGCUCGGAACAACCAGAACUACGUAGGAACAGAGGACUUCAGGAACCAGAUCAACAACAACAACAACGUCAGCCACGAGAGUCUGAUCUUCCAAAUCCCCCACGGACACAAACCGGGGACCUUCCCCACCUCUCUGGCCCACAAACACGCCCUCCUGUCCCCCAUCGUCGACUCCUCCGUCAACUGGAGGACCGGGAGCUUCCACGGUUGCCAGGGGCGACGCAGCAGCCGUCGUGGCCCUUCAUCUCUGGUCGCCACCGGUGACCAGGACCCCUCGUCGUCUUCUUCCUCCUGUAACGUUGAAGUCCCCGGCCCGCUCUCUCUGCUGGAUCAUCGGCUGAGUAUCUACGACAACGUGCCCGACGACCAGCAGCUGUCAGGAAGUGAAGGCAGCGGCGGGGGGAGUGGCAGCGAUGCAGAGCGAAUGGGGGAGGAGUCAGAAGUGAGUCACCUGUUGGCAGGCGAGGACGUUUUCUCCGCCCUGGACGGCGUUCUGGAGAGAAUCAGCGACCUCCAGCAGCUGGUGUCCGCCUGGUCUGAAAGCCUUUCAGAGGACGAGGGUCCCAGAGGCUCCUCCUCCUCCUCGUCCUGCACGUCUCCCGCUUCCUCCUCACACCACUCACCUGCUCACGGCUCCUCCCCCUCCUCCCCCAGCCCCUCCUCCCCCAGCCACAUCCACCUGGAGGUGCAGCGUCCAGAGGAGGGGGAGGAGGAGGAGGGGGAGGAGGAGGAGGGGGAGGGGGAGGCACAUGAAGAGGAGCAGGACACAGGAGCAGUACGACCCCGGAGCAGCAGAGUCAGCCAGCAGCCUCACUGGUCCAGCGAGCAGAGUCUGCCCUCGCUGCCCACCAGUCCAGGAGUAGAGAACCAGUCAGUGUCCCAGUUCCUCCUGCUGCAGAAGCUCUCGCUGCUCAAGCUCACCGCUCUGAUGGACAAAUACUCGCCGUGCAGCAAGCAGGGCUGGAACUGGACGGUUCCUAAACCCCCGAGAAAGACAAAGGUGUUGGAGACGAAAGGCCGGCAGGUUUUUGGGGCCCCUUUGCUCCUCAGCGUCCAGCAGAGAGGAGAGCCUCUCCCUCCGAGCAUCCUCCGAGCACUCGUCCACCUGAGGAACGAGAGUCUGGAGCAGGUGGGUCUCUUCCGUAAGUCCGGGGUGAAGUCUCGUAUCCUGAACCUCCGUGAGCUGGUGGAGUCCAACCCCGACGGCGUUUCGUACGACGGUCAGUCAGCGUACGACGUGGCCGACAUGGUGAAGCAGUACUUCAGAGACCUUCCUGAACCCGUCUUCACCCGCACGCUCUGCGAGUCCUUCCUCCACAUCUACCAAUAUUUUCCAAAGGAUCAACAGCUGGCGGCGGCUCAGGCGGCCAUCUUGCUGCUCCCCGAUGAGAACAGGGAGGCUCUGCGGACGCUGCUGUUCUUCCUGCGGGACGUGGUGUCCUGUGUGGACGAGAACCAGAUGACUCCCACAAACCUCGCCGUCUGUCUGGCGCCUUCGCUCUUCCACCUGAACACGCUGAAGAGAGACGUCAACGUGACCACGUCGAGUCACAGGAAGUACAGCCUCGGCCGCCCGGACCAGCGGGACCUGAGCGAGAACCUGGCUGCCACUCAGGGUCUGGCCAACAUGAUCACCGAGGCGCAGAGACUCUUCCAGCUUCCAGAGUUUUGGCCGGGUCAGAGUGCUGCUGAGGACUCUACCUGUGUGGAGGGAGGGGGUCCGGGGUCUCCUGCUCAGAGUGGAGGGGGGGAGGAGCAGGACGAGAGGAGGAGGAGGCUGCAGCAGAGCACCGAGCAGCUCCUGAAGGAGGCCAAGAGCCGAGGCUGGGAGAGCCACCCAGCUCCAGAGCACGUCGAGCUGGACUACAAGAAGAUAAAUGACGGCUGCCCUCUCUGGAUGUGGCGUGGCGUGGUGGAGGUCGACGCCCCCCCGAAGGAGCUGCUCCACCGGCUGCUGAGGGAGCAGGCGCUGUGGGAGGAGAACCUGAGCCAGGCCGCCGUCAUCCAAACUUUAUCCAAGGACGCCGAGGUCUACCACUACGUCCUCAAGAGGCGGGGCCACAGCCUGGGCUCGCAACCCCCACAGGAGCACCUGCUGCUCAGGUAAUGAGGCACGGCGAGCCCCCGGGCGUCACACGGCGAGCGCCACGGAGCAGAACCAACACAUGAGUCAGAUCCUCUAAAAGAGUCAAAGUCAGAGACUCACUGCUUCUCUCUGAAGAGAGCAGGAAGUAACGCCGCUUUCAUCGGAGGUCAUUUUGGAGCGUUUGAUGGUCGACUGAGUAUUUAGGACGGGAGGACGGUCAGGCAGGACGCCAUUUAUCGGCUUGAUGUGUUUUUAAUGGAACACGAUUUAGAAACAUCAGGCUGAAACAACACUUCUGUUGAGGAACAGAUACAUGAAUCAUAACCGACCCGUUCAGACGGACUGUGAGGCGCCGCAGCGCUCGCGGGUUUGUACAAUAACGCACGCCGUCAUCAGUCAGGUCGUUAAAGAUACCUGGAUUCUUUUAGAUUGCACGUGUUUCUAAAACGAUACAACCUCGUACCGUCUUCAGUCAAAUCUUUAAAAGGCUUAUUUUUUUAAUCCAAACAGGAAGUAGAUCACCUACAAAAUAAAAGCAUCACAAAAACCUGAAACUGUUUUUAGAUGAUAAAUAAAGUUAUUUCAAACGCUCACAGGCUCUCUCUCUACCUCUCUCUCUCUCUCUACCUCUCUCUCUACCUCUCUCUCUCUACCUCUCUCUCUCUACCUC